CUGCCUACUGUAUUUAAAUGGGAAGGGGGUGGAAAAGAAGUCUAUAUUGGGGGUAGUUUUAACAAUUGGAAAGCAAAAAUACCUUUAGUUAAAAGUCAAAAUGAUUUUUACACAAUAGUUGAUUUACCAGAAGGUGAACAUGAAUAUAAAUUUUAUAUAGAUGGUAAUUGGGUUAAAGAUCCUAAUGAGCCAACUAAAUCAAAUAAUAUUGGAAGUGAGAAUAAUGUAGUAAAAGUGAGAAAUACAGAUUUUGAAGUUUUUGAAGCUUUAGCUAUUGAUAGUAGAACCGAUUCAUCAGGUUCUCCACCUGGUGAAUAUUCUCAAGUUAUACCUGUCAAACAAACUGGUGUUAAAAUAUCUGGUCCCCCAUUUCUACCACCUCAAUUACUACAAAUCAUUCUCAAUAAAGAUACACCAGCUCAUUGUGAGCCUUCCUUAUUACCAGAGCCUAAUCAUGUCAUGUUAAAUCAUCUUUAUGCCUUGUCAAUAAAGGAUGGUGUAAUGGUUUUAAGUGCUACACACAGAUUUAGGAAAAAAUAUGUGACAACAUUACUUUAUAAACCUAUUUAG